UCAUCUCCAAAACAGGGAAAGAAGUCGCUCUCUGUCAUACAUGUGUUUUAGUCCUGAAGUAGUUUUGUAGACACCACGAUCUUUUUGAAGUGCUUGUAGCCUAUGAACAGUUUGGCACACACACAAUGCUAAGUGACACCGAGGCUCAAGAGCUCCUCUGUUUCCUCCGACUGGACACGAGGGCGGACGUUAAGGGCCAGGGUACGGAGUACAUCCUCGGUCUGACAGGAACGCGAGAUGGCUGCCGCUACCUACGGACAAAGCCAGACUUCCUCAAGGCUCUGGUCACGUUGACAGCAGAUAUCUCUAUCGCCAUUGUAAAGGACUGUUACCAUGCCCUGGUCAACCUCUCGGCUGACGAAACACUGCACAAGCCCUUGGUGAAGGAGGCAGGCAUUUUACCCGUGCUGCUAAACCACCUCCUUGACCCAGAGUACGAGUUCUCAGAUCGCAUCUGCUCCGUCCUGACCAACCUGUCCAGGCAUGAAAGGACGUGUGUGGACGUGUUACACGAGCUGCAGGAGCAGGAGAUCGGCAUGGCCAAAAUAGUCGAGAUCUUCUGCACCGAGGGCUUUAAUAAGAAAGCAUCACUGCAUUACCUGGGACCUCUGCUGUCCAACCUCACACAGUUACCCGAGGCCAGGCACUUCAUCCUGGACAAGGAACGGUGUGUGAUCCAGAGGCUUCUUCCCUACACACAGUACGAGGCAUCAGUCACCAGACGUGGUGGAGUUGUAGGCACGCUCCGAAACUGCUGCUUCGACUACACCCAUCAUGAGUGGUUGCUAAGUGACGCAGUGGAUAUUUUGCCCUUCCUGCUCUUGCCCCUGGCCGGUCCGGAGGAGCUCUCUGACGAGGAGAACGAAGGUUUGCCUGUGGAUCUGCAGUACCUUCCAGAGGACAAAACAAGAGAAGAAGACCCUGACAUCCGCAGGAUGCUUAUCGAGACACUAUUGCUGCUUACAGCCACCAAAGCGGGACGGCAGAUUAUGAUGAAGAAAAACGUCUAUCCCGUUAUGCGUGAGUUUCAUAAGUGGGAGAAGGAUCCACGAGUGAUUUCUGCCUGCGAAAAGCUUGUUCAGGUUUUGAUCGGAGACGAGCCGGAGGCAGGGAUGGAGAACCUGUUGGAGGUGGCGAUUCCUGAGGACGUUGAGCAGAAGCUGAAGGACGUGGAUGCCAAAGAGCAGGAGCAGAUUGAGAAAGAAGAACAAGAGCUGCUCAAAGCGGAAACCGAGAGGCGUCACAGCUCAAAUCCGGAAGGGGCUGGAAUGAUGAAUGGCCUGCAGGAUGGACACCAAACACACAUCUCACACACAUCUCCAGUUCCUAAUGACUCAGUUCUAUAACCCCGUCAUCCAGAAAUGAGUUUCUGUUAUUAAGGCUGUGCUGUUUUAAUAUUAUGAGCUAGUAAAGUGGGUACCAUGUGGAGUAAAAGGCACGUCUUUAUGAUGCACUUGCUUACAUUUAGGAUGAAACUGGGUCCGGAUGGCAGUAUACCAAUUGGAAUAUCAGCUGUGGGCUGGAAAAAUGAGUCACCCUUUUAGUUUUCUGUACGCAGAUUUAAUAAUACGAACGUUUUAUAUUAAAAUCCCUCUUAGUCCAUCGUAUCUUGACUGUGAUAUCAGUUUUUGUGUUGUGGACACCAUUUCCCAUUUCAGCUGCAGAAACUACAGAAACCUGAGAAGCCCAUUCCCAAUGCUGAGUAUGUACAUGAGGAAGUCCUCAACUUAUUCAGCAUUGGGAAUGGGCUUCUCAGCGUUCGCACUGCUGUACAUCUGCGUUGCUAGAUGUUAUUUAAUAGUAGGGCACAGCGUGAAGGUAUAUUAACGGGUAGAAUCAGAUGGUGUGCUCGGGUAUUUUAGGUUAUUUUAAAAAGAUGCACCCCAUCACACAUCACAACCCCUUGACAGUCCCUUACUAGUGCCAUCUGCUGGCCCCAAACAUUCUCAUCACUUUAAAAGGCACUAAGAGAAGUGAAUAAGAGAAUCUUAUCAAAGUAUCAGAGUAGAUAAUAUGCAUGUAGCAUAGGCUUGUGGAAUUAAAGACGUUUCCUGAUGAGAAAAAGCAGAAGAAGAAAAUAAUCAUUCAUUACCUAUAAUAAUAAUAAUAAUAAAAAAAGUUACUCAUGAAUACCGGUGUCUUUUUUUAUUGUAUUUGUUGCUAAAGAAUUUAGGAGUUUCCAGGAAUAAUAUGCUGU